GGUACAUACACUAUUGGUUGCAAUAAGAUGGUGGUAACAAUUAUUCCUAAGAAGAAGUCUCUCUUUCUGUGAAACAGUACAUGGUUUUAUAUAUACAAGAUCUGGAAUGCAACCAGGGGGUUAUGUGCUGAGUUUGGAAAUCAUCUCUUCUACCAACUUCAACAUGGUUCCAGCCAGAGCAGUCCCUUAGUAGUAGCAGUAGCUCUCUAGCCAUUUCUUUAGCCCUCCGUGUCCCGUCUACGCUCACUUGAAGCAAUCCAGGCAUCACUCCUUCUCUAAGUAUCAUUCCUCGAACCCCAAUUGCUCCACCGAUGCUGGAAACAGAUUCUGGUGAAUGAGAAAUUAUGUUUUCAAGCAAAGCUACUGCCUUAUCAGCCAAUUCGGAAGAUUUAUCGCAAAAGUUGAUGACUUGAAGCAAAGCAUAUGGUGCUCCCGAAGCUAUAACCAGGGGAACAAUCUGAUGGAGAGUAGAUAGAUUUUGUAGUGUUGCUAUGCCAUCAACCUUGGCCUGGAUGGAAGAGAGAAUCAGAAGAAAUGCCAUGGCCAAUUCAAGAACUACCAUCUUCGUUUCUGACUGGAGAAUUUCUAGCAACGUUGGUACUGCGCCAGAUUUCACAAUUCGGACUUUGUUCCUAAGAGUGAGGGAAGUUGUGGUGGUGAUUGGUGAACUUAAAACCCCAUUUGGGAAAAAGCAAGGUAAGCUUAUCUGCAUUAUCCAGAGUCAUUGA